AUGGUUUCUACACAUCCUCGUGGGUCUAUGGGACAUUCUUCUAGUAAAUCAAGAAAAAGAACCUCUUUACGUAGACUGUCCGAAAAGACAAUAAUAACAACACCAGCAUCAGUUCAAGAAAAGCAGCGUUCAAGAUCUGUUUCUGCAGGUACAAUCCAACAGACUAUUAUACAACAACCUUCUACUCCAGCUGUUGUUGAAAUGCCUCGAUUAUCCAUUGCAGACCGAUUCAUGUCUGGUCCUAUACCUUCUGUUCCUCAACCAUCACCUUCAAUCUCAAUCACUACUUCACUUGCAUUAUCAAACUCGACUUGCUCAGAGAUGGUGGUGAAUAGUAGAUUAUCUGUAGCCGAUCGAUUUAUGAAUAACAAUAAUAAUAGUAACAAUAAUUCGUACAAUUAUUCAACAAGACCUUUAGAACCUAUGCCUGGUAGACUAACUAUUGCUGAUGCAUUUAUGAAAAUGGAUGGAUCACGUGAUAGAGCCUCAUCAUUUAAUGAGCUUGAAUCAAGUCGAUAUUCUAAUAAAUCAAUGCAUCCGCUUGAAGAACAAACAUUGUUUGACGAAUCGUCACAAUAUCUUAACCUGGAUUUAACAAUUUUACCACCAGCAUCAUCAUCGUCGAGCUCAGUUUUAAAAAAUAAGCCUUGGGGAAGCCAGGACACAUUAGUUCACCAUUAUCCUCAAGAAAGAAAAAAACCAAUUUAUGCACAGUUCAUUGAAUCUGAAAAGAAUGCCACCAUAUCUGAUAACAGAUCUUUUUCUUUGGAUUAUAAUGACUCUCCUGAUCAUGCAAUGAGUGAUGAUCUUUCAACAAAACAUGGUUACGACGAUUAUGACGAUAUUGAUAUUGGUUACGACAAGCAUUAUGGACAUGAAAGACAAUGGAGUUAUGAAGAAGAAGAGGAAGAGGAAGAAGAAGAGCCAAUACCAAGUCCAGCCGUUUCAACCACAAAAUUAAAGAAAAUAAUAGAUAUUGAACAACAACCCUUAGAUGACUAUGAUAACAAUGCAAGAGGAUUUUGGGUCGGUUGCUGCUUUGUGAGUUGUGGUCAAAGGCCAAGUAGACAAACAAUUGAACAACGUCAAAAACAACGUCGUGAAAAAGAAAUAGAUGAUGACAUUCGACCAAAGAAUCGAGGAUUCGGUAGAAGAGGAUGGGUUUUUUGCACAUUUUUAAGUUUGUUAGUGUUCAUAUUGAUUACAUAUUUCUUGUGGCCUCGCACGCCUCUAAUGCGUAUUGAAGGCGCUUCGUUGACCUUACCAGCAAAAAUAACUGAAACAAGACAAGGUGUGAUGGUCGGAAAUGUCGCAUUCGAAAGUGAAUGGAUGGUAAAUAUCACUGUGGACAACAGACAAAAUCAUAUUCCGACACGUCUCGUCCAAGUACAAGUGUUAGCAAAAGACGCUUUAACUGGUUUAGUCAUUGGAAAAGGAUUAAGAAAUGAUGAUCCUAACCCUGAACAUAUCAUUUUGGCCCCAAAUACAAUUUCAACUAUUCAAAUACCAAUUCACGUGGAUUAUCAAGCACGGGAUAGCACUGAUACUACUUUUGUUGAUCUCAGUAAAGCUUGUUCACCUCAGCAGUUAAUCCCUUUUAAUUCUCCUGAUCUUCAAACAACAACGAGAGAAGCCUUGCCAUUACACUUUUGGAUCACUUUACAUUUCUUUGGUUUAGAUUGGUUAGGCUAUAAACCAACUGUCAUUGCAGCUCCAGCAACUGGUGGGUUUGCCUGCCCGCAGUCUUGAUUAUUUAUUGAUAUAUUAUUAAAAAUACAUGUAAAGAAACAUCCCCUCUCUAUCUCUCUCGAUUUUUUUUUAUUUAUGCAGGCUCUCUCUUGCACACAACAUUUCUAUCUUUUUAUCUCUAUCAUCCUUUUUUUCCCCCUUGUGUCUUUUUUUACUGGUGGGUAAAAUUAUUAAUUCCUAAUAAUAAUAAUAAUAAUAAUAAUAAUAAUAAU